AUGGCCUCUCUAACCGAUUUGCCUGUGGAGGCUCUCGUCAUCAUCUUCAAUUUUCUCCGACCUCGACAAGAGCCAUAUGGCAUUCACAUGCACAAACCUAGCCUGAACACGCGCGAUCUCAGCGUCAGGCGUGAACUUGAGAAGCAGGACAACCAUCUCAUGAAUCUGUGCAGCACUUGCAAACUCUUCCGCCUCGUCGCUCAACCGAUCGCCUACCAGUCAAUUUUCAACUAUAAUCAUAUCAACUGGGGAUUAUCUCUCUCGACGUUCCUCCAUCGGUUUGGGAGCUUGACCAAAACCUUGUCCGAAAGACCAGAUCUUGCGGCCAACGUCAAGUUUCUGGACAUCCAAAUGCUUGACAGAUUCGGAGACGACGGGCGCAUGCCAAGCAAAGCCACACACGAACAGAAGCUCGCGAUUUCAAGGCUCUCCUCCGAAAUUGACCUUGAAAUAAACAUCACGGAGGACUGGCUCGACUGGGAUAUUGCCGAGGCAUACUUCCAGAUUCUCAUGGUCCUGCUUCCAAACCUAUCUCAUACAAACAUCUGUCUACCCGGAAGUUGGAAACUUGAGUCGCUCUCCGCUUGGGCCGCCAGGACCAGCUCAGGCAUUGGUCUUGAGCGUCCGUUCCUGGCAAAUGUGCGGCAUAUGGAGCUGGACCACAGGGUUGCGGACUUGAACUCCCGUUACGAGCGCUCUGAUUACGAAACACUAGACGACGAUGAGAUCGAGCACAUUUCGAGCUCAGUAGAGAGGCUGUUUGUCGAUGCUGCACCCAAUCUUGAGCUUCUUUGCUGCAGUGCAGGAGGGUUAGACAGCCUUCCGCGCCUGGAAAAGCUCGACACAUUGCAGAUCAUGAUGAAGGGCUCAUGGGAUGGAAUGCUCCCUAAGGUCAUGAAGGGGUUCCCCAGCCUGAGACGCCUCAGUUAUAAAUCAACCACAGACUACUGCCCAUCGCCCAAGCAGGUGAGAGAGGCUUUGGAGGGUCACAAACACACCUUGGAGUACCUUGACAUGUCCCUGCAGCGAUGCAUUUGGUGGCCCAGCUGGCGACCAAAAUCACAAAGGGACUAUGAAGCGUUCUCAUUCGCCGACUUUACAUCUCUCAAGACCCUUAACUUGGAUGCAAGCGAUGUCUGGCCCGAGACACUUUACGAUGGACGUGGAGAAAAACAGUCAGAUUCAGGAUUACUUCCGGAUCUCUUGCCUGCGUCUCUUGUUGAGAUACAUGUGGAUGGUUUUCUGUCACAUGGCGAAGAAAGCUUCAAAUCACUCGCCGAAGCCAUGGCGAGCGGAAGGUUACCAAACCUAACAUGUGCCUUCUGGCGUGCAGGUGCACACAUGCAAGUUAUUGAUCAAGAGACUGCAAAAGGUGUUCAUAAUCCAGAGACUAGAUGGAGAAAAGACGUCCUGGUAAAGGUUCGAGACCAGUCUGAACUCGCCUUCCCGGCUUGGAUGGAAGCUUAUGAGGAGGCUGUAUCAAAAGAGAAGAUCAGUGGAACUUCAGCAUAG